UCAGUGUCAGAAAAUUCAACGUUUAAAAAUUCAAUGUAAAAAGAGACCAUGACAACAUCUGGGUUACCAAGGAGAAGCAAUCGAUCCCUGUCUCGUGUAACCAACGUACGACCAAUCAACACUUGCUCCAUUGGUCAUGUGACGCAGACCCCGGAAGAUUCAAAAAAAAAAAAAAGAUGUCCAGCAACAGGAACGAUGCGUCGGUGAGUGAGUUUACUUUACUAUCUGUAUUUUUGUGUUCGUGAGAUUCAGCAAUAGAUAUUACGUGACAUACCCGUUCACCAACUGCAUUUGUUGAACAGUAUCAAAAAUUUUAAUGACGCGACGUUCGUGCAAAUUGCGUUAGUCGCAUUAGGGAGUAUCUAGCUAAUCCAGCUAACGUGUACGAGCGUGCUUUACUUACUGUACGCGAACCCGAGGCAGUGAGGAUGAUGACUGACAGUACAUUAAACUAUAAUAGUGUUACCAUGAUAGCAGCAAUGCGUGUCUGCCAUAAGUUCGUCAUGACACCUGUUGAACAACCUCUACCAGCAACAAACAUACAGAGGAAGCAUGCUUUGAGUGUGUUCUUUUUUCUUCAAAGUAUGGUCACACUAAUUAAGGUCCAGUAACAUGUAGCCAUUUAUCUUCAUGCUUUUGGUUUGUAAUAUAAUUAUUUUCUUGUUUUGUCUGUGAUGGCAGGGGACCGGCGGUCAUGUAGAUGACAUUUUGAGGUCAGCUCGUCACUUAAUACAGCUACUCAACCCAUCUGAUAGAGAAAGCGGAAAUCAGAACUUGAGAGAACAGAGACAGACAGAAAACAGACCAUCUCUCCAGAUGGAACUGACCAGGUCCUUUCCUGGUAUUUUUACCAGGGGAAGAGGAAAGAGGCGCUUUCCUGCAGCAAGCCCUGUUCCUGCCAAGAAGCCGAAACCUUUUGAUCUUGGUUUCUAUUUGUUGCCAAAACGAUACGACAAAAGCCCAAAAGAGCAGGAGCAAGUAGUCCAUCUGCAGGCAGGACUGGGUCGUAGGACUGCUCAUCUAGAUGAGAGCAUGACACAUGAAGAGUUAUGUGAUGCCCUCAAAGUUUUAUUCCCAAAACUGGAGACAGUUGCUGGUGGGUGGCUGCUAUACAAAGCUUCAGCUGGAUGGGGUAGUCGCCAGCUGUCUCUUGUGGCUCCUGAUGAUACAGGUGAUACAGGCUAUACAGGUGUAAUGUUGAAGUCUGUCACUCGUGGAGUAAAAUGUCUGUUCAUAGCCCCAAUUCAAGAAGAACUGAGUACAAAUCCCCUACCACUAACUGAUGAAGCAUUCAGUAAGAUGCCAAAAGCCACAUGUCAGAAGUGUGGAGUAGCAAUUCCUCUUCCGCUCCUGACAGAACACAUCAAGACAUGUAAUGUUAUUGAUGUUGACAGUGACGAUACUGUGGCUAAUGUGGAUACCGCAGAUAUGCAGGAAUGUCCCAUCUGCACAAAUGCGUUUUGUGCUGACGUCAUUGAAGUACAUGCUUCCUCAUUUGUGGCAAGGUAUCCAUUUCCUUUUUAUUGUUAAUGUUUUUUUCUAUAAUCAGCAAUGGUCUUUUUUUAGAUGCUGUGCAGUUGUAACACAAAUAAUUUUAUGAGGGUAGUGCAGGGAAAGAAGUGAUGCCUGAAAGCAUUGUAACUCAGGAAGAGCAAGAAGCAGUGCUUGGACCAUCCAGAACUAUUGCACCUGUUCCAGAUGGCUGGUUAACUGUCACUGACCCGACCAAGGCCAUAUCUGAGUGUGCUGACAGUUUUCUACGUGUUCAUGAAAUGGAGAGUCCCUUACUGCUCAGCAUGGACAUCAGAAAAAGCCUUGCUGAACAGGACAUGGCACUUAUCUCCUUCUACAAGCGACCUAACUUGGAAUGGGGACGACCCCUGAAUUGCCAACUUGAAGGAGAUCCUGCUAUUGGACAUGGUGUGAAUCAUUUUUUUUUCUCAACAUGCAUGGAGAAGCUGAGGUCAGGGUUUUGCAUCAAUUUUGCAAAUUCAAACCAUACACGACUUUUUGAUGGAGAGCCCGGCCAUCUAGUCCCCUCAGCCUCUCACUUUCUUGUUGAAAGUGAUAUGUUCAUGGUGGCAGGGAGAAUGAUAGGCCACUCUUUCCUCCAUGGAGGACCAUGCCUGCAGGGACUCAGCCGUGCUGUCGUUCAUGUCCUGAUGGGUGGAAGUCCUGAAACGGCGACCGUCACACUGGAGGACUGUCCGGACCUGGACAUUAGAGGCACCAUCAGUCUUCUUGAAGGGGGAUCCAUGCUGUCAGAAAAGGAUAAACAAAGUGUCCAGGAACUGGCUUAUGCUUGGGACCUCCCUCCCCUCACCGAAAACAACAGGCGGUGGCUUUUUGACAAGCUGCUGAUCCACGCUGUAAUAGGACGUGUCAUGAGGCAAAUCAAGCAACUGAGACGAGGGCUUAAGGAAACCCCACUGUGGACACUAGCGACCCAAAGACCUGACACGGUGGCCUUGCUCUUUCCUCAAGAGACAACAGGGAAUAUCAGCACUGAGGUGCUUCUUCAGCGUAUAACAUGGCCUUGUGAGGAAGACAGUGAUGACGAUGACUGCUCUGUGGAAACCAGAUGCCGCGUGUCAAGCUAUUUAAGGCAGUUCAUCACCAAUAGAUUUACUUGUGUAAAGGGUUUGAUCUUCUAUUACGAUCACUACUAUCAUAGUGAUUAACCAUCAUGCAUUUGAAUCUAUUCUACAGCAAAACCAACUGAACUGACCAGCCUGGUCAAAUUCUGGACUGGAUGGGAGGUUCUCCCUCCAAGUCUCUCUGUACAAGUAAUCAACAGCAGACAUCCCACAGCUUCAACCUGCUUCGAGACCAUUCGCAUCCCAGGGCAUUACAAGGAUUACACAUCCUUUAAAAAUGACAUCUUGUCCUGUAUUUGCACUUGCCAAACAGGAUUUGGUCUUGUGUAAGUGACAUCUGGGCCUGUGUUUACACUCGUACUUCAGUAAAAUGUAACAACGUGACAUUGACAAUGUUACGAAGUUCCUGUUGUUGAAAAAUAGUCCAAGUUGUGAAAAGAUGGGCUUACACUUGUCUUAUUGUACACUUGAUGUAUUGUACGGUUGUUUUAUUGUACAGUUUGGCAGUUGAAGGUACAGUCGGUUUUGGCAGUUUCCUCCAAAAAAAACGUUCUGCCUUCAAAUAAAGUAUCCUUAAAAUGGA